AUGGACUACUUUGUGCCCGUCCCAGGCACUGCCAUGCCCUCCUUUGCGUCAAGCACCCUCCUCCUCCCGCAACCCUCGCUGUCGAGCGUGGCUCAGCUCGCGUGCGACCUCCUCGUGCAUAACUGCGCGCUCAAACUCGUCGGGUACCUCGGCGUGCGCGACUUUGUGCCGGCCGUCGGCGCGAGGGACGCGCUGCCCGGCAGCGAGGGCGAGGUCGAGGGCUUGUCGCUAGGGACUGAGGUCUACACCAACCCUUCCCGCACCCUCACCCUCGUCCUCCCGCGCACACCCGUCAUCCACGCCCGCAAGGCGCACCACCUCGACGCCAUGGCGCGGUUCGUCGCUGCGGGCGGGUUCCGCGACGUUCUCGUCGUCGCCGGCGUCGAUGCAGCCAUGAGGGGGGACGAGGCGCUCAACGCCCCGACGCCGCUCUGGCACCUCAUCCCCUCUUCCUCCUCGUCGACCUCUUCUCCCCUCCUCGCCUCGCUCCAGUCCCUCGCCCCGCCCUACUCAGCCUCCAGCACCUCCUCCUCCACCACCCUCCCCUCCCUCCCGCACGCCGGCCUCACCCGCUCCCUCCUCGCCGCCCUCUCCCCUCCUCCCUCCUCCUCGUCCUCCUCGGCUUCGACCCAGCCCCAGCCCCAGGUCCCCACCGCCGCCCUCCUCGCCUACACCGCCGAGGGCACGGCCGCCCCGCUCGCGCACCUCGUCGCGACCGCGCUCGCGCACGUGCUCGGCCUGCCGCUGCCUGCGGGCGCGCCCGCGCCGGCGCAGCAGGGCGAGGCGGGACUCGAGGAGGGGGACGACGAGGGCACGACGUGGGUCGAGCCGGUCAGUUGGGAGCGCGGACUCAUGGGCGUCGAGCUCGAGCGCGACGGCGGCGGGAGGGAGAUGUUCAGCUAACUAGAUGGGUCCGGCGGGCGGGGCUCGAGCGAGCGAGCGAGAGGGGCUGGACGCAACGUGCACAGGCGGUUCUGCCAAUCCCUCCCGGCU